AAAAAGUUCUUUGGAAAAAAAUCGUCGAGAAAUGCGAACUACAGUAACGGCCAUUUUAAUUUGUGCAAGUUUUUUUCUUGGUUGGGCACCAGCAGCAAUAUUAUUUGCGUUAACUUGUGAGGAUUGUGGAGUUCUUUUGGACAGAAAAAGUUUUCGGGCAAUAUUUUUACUUUCUUGUCUUCAAUUGGCUUUUAUAUUGUUAAAAUCUUUUUUAAAUCCGUUAAUUUAUUCUUUGAGAGUGCCAGAUGUUGAUACACAAGUACGUCUUUUUAGACGGAAAUUACAAAAUUCUUUUGGUGGAACUUUUAUGUAA